AUGCCCGGGGAGAUGGGCUCGGACAGCAGGUGCUCGUCGUGCCCAAAACCCGCUACUCAGGGGGGUGGCUAUAUCAACAGAUGGAAAGCAGGCCCGUCAUUGCGAGCAGCCUUGAAGGAGUCCGAUGGUGCUCUGCUGCAACAGGUCACGGAGACACAGUCGCAACGGGCUUCGCCUUUUGAAGUGCGCGUAUGCACCAGGAUGGGAUGUGGCGAGACCAUACCCCCGUCUUUCCCGCCAAGCGUGACACUUUGCGAUCAGUGUUUGCCAAUCGCCCGGAAGGCAGCUGAAGAGUCCCUCGCCAAGUUACAGGACAAGCGAAGAGCGUCCUCCUCUUCGUCUACUCCCCCGUGCCGUCCGCCACCCAUAUCCAUCCCAUCAGUCCCCGAUAUCCCUACAGUUGCCAUCCACAGGCGAAUACUGCCUGCUCCACCACCAAUAGUCAAGGUCGAAUCCGACGUGCAGGAUGCCACAGAUGAAAUGGAUUUGGAUGAAUCGUUGGAACUCGAGUAUCCUGAUGAAGACGUUGAAAUGAAAGUUGAGCCUCCUACUGAGAAGCAGGAAACUGCUGUGGCGUUGUGUUCAGCGCCACUCAGCGUCGACGAGAAGGAGGUCUCAAUACCGCUCCCUCCUCCGCCAAUAUUGCCGCGUCCGCCACCUAUGCAGUCGCUGACGAAGCCGCCUCCUGUGAUCCAGCCCCCGCCAAUGCUUAUGCCACAAUCCGGCUCUUCGCCCGCAGCGAUGUUUAUGCCAGCGCAGAUGCUCCGCCCCUGCGUGAACAGCAUUAAGGGUUGUCGAGGAAUCGUCCAGCCCGGGUCGAUGGCGCGACGUUGCAUGAGUUGCGUGUCAGCCGACUGGCAGCGUAUGAGAGCCGCACGGCCGAUUGCCAGGCCAGCCGCGGUGUCGGCGACAGCUACGGUGGCUGCGCCUCGAGCCGAGCCAGUACCCAUUCCCAAGCCAGGGCCCUCUGCGCCCCAACCUCUACAGCAAACGGCCACGGAAAUUGAGCAACCCAGUGCAAAGCGCAAGAAAGUAACCUGGGCCGAUCUUGAGGAGUCGGACGACGAGCCGUUGGCUCUUUCGUCGAAUAGGAGCAAGGGGAAACAGCCGGAGAGGCAAAUUGAACUAAGCAGCCCGCCUGCAUGCUCGAGCAGCAGUUCACCCUCAGGACCCGCAAUCAAGAUACCUCCGACUCCGCCACCAGCGACGGACAGUGACAGCGACAGCGAUACACCGCUGUCAACACGGGCCGCGAACGGAGCCUCACCACCACGACCUGCUGGCCGUGGUCGCGUGCUGUCCUGGCCGCCUCCAGGGCAGCAUGCACCAAGUGAGAGCGAGGACAGCGAUGUGGAGGUGCCGCUUUCUUCGAUAGCGAGGACGAAACCGGGUCCGUUAUCGAAGACGGGGCCAGCGGCGGCGAAGACGAAACCUCCAUUAUUUUCGAAGACAAGGUCGUUGGUUUUGAAGUUGGGUAAGCCGGGAUCAGCCUCUGCUAAGCCGCCAUCGUCUGCAGCAGAUCCUUCGGGUAUAUCGCCGUCUAGUGAAUCUCCACCUUCGCCGACGAAGGCGGCUUCCUCAUCGCCGUCGUCGCCUACUGUGAAGCGCCCUUCAAUACCUUUGCCACGUCGCAGGGUUUCCGCGCCGCUUGCUCCAGCAUCACCGUGCCCCAAGCAAGCAAACUCAGCGCUCGCCCAAGCCACAUCAUCUGCUUCGACUGCGCAGCCGUCGACGCCAGCAGCGAUAUCGUCGUCCACAGCAAUGUCUUCGUCGUCCGGUUCUGCACAGGCGCCGAUUGACGCACCCUCGUCCGCAAUACCUGCAUCUUCGUUUGCACCACUCCAGCUUCCAGCCAUCUCUCAUCCGAUACCCAAGAUCCAGCCUUCGUCCACCACCACGUCACCCGAACGCCCUGCUGCUGUCGAUCAUGACAGUGACAGCGACCUGACCGACCUUUCCGACCUCGAAGCUGCACUGUUGAGCGACGAUAGUGAUGAUGAACCAUCUGCGCAGCGGCUUACGGGCCUCAAGAUUCGUAUACCCGCGCGACCACCCCCUGAGAGCGUGCCCGCUCCAGCGCCAAUAGCGGGACCUACAAAGCCCUGUCGGAUCUGCAAGCAGUCUAUGCCCCUCGAGAAUAGGUGGAAGUGCUGCGAGGCAUGUCGGGAACGUACGCGUCUGUACCAGCGCGCGCGACAGAACGGUGAGGUCGAGCCGCAGCGGCGAAAUCUAAACGCGGAGCUCGCCGCCGUCGACCGUAUACUCGGCGACGCCUCGCGCGUCGUCGUUGGCUCGCGCAAGUGUACGAUGCGCUUCUGCAUGCACAUCCUGCCGCCCGCGGGCGAGUACAAGUACAAGAUGUGCGCGUCGUGUCGGUCGUAUGUGCGUUCGACGAAGAAGGCGACGCAUGGGGGGAAGGAGAAUGGCGUGGAGGAGCAUCCGAAGAAGCAAUUCCGCGCGGAGGACAAUGAGCGGCUGGAGCCAACACCACCGGGACGCUGCGUGAGCUUGGAUUGCGGGAUGGUCGUCUCCCCGCCGGCAACCAAGUGCGAACAAUGUACUUUCCGCGAUGAGCAUCCAGGGCAGCCACGGAAGAUGGAGUCGGUAUACCAGCAGCGCAAGAUGAAGCAGCACUUGCCACCUCCCCGCCUGCCUACUCCUUACCCCGAAUUCCCGACAUUCAUGCUCCUUCUUGUCGAGUUCUACACCCGCCUGCGCGACUUUCUUGAGACGCAGGCGCGCUAUCUUGUUCUCUCCAAUAUGGCCGGCCGUCAUCACGAGAGCCCGUCCAUGUUCGCGUUCGACGGCGAGUAUUCGGUAAUCGCGAUGGACUACGACGUGCUCGGGCGCAAGGAGGCUGUUGUACAACAUGCGCGGGUGUUGAAGGACGAGAUUGAGUGCGCGGGGAGGCUGAAGUUUGGGCCCACGAUGUGGGUAUCACAGGUCGAGCAUGGUGUCGUCGCGCGCUUCGCGUGCGAUCACGAGGUCCUGAUUCACGUCGCGGCGACGGGGGAGAAGGACCAGCAGGCAGCGGCGCCCUUGCACAAGAUCAUGCGAGGGGAGCUGGAGAUUGCGAUCAUGGCGGACGGGUCGCAUCGCUUCUUCCCUGGACAGCGUACGGUUAUACGCUUCCGGCUGGUGGGCUGAAGCCCAGCAGCUCACUGAACGACUACGAGGGUCUUUCGUUCGACCAUAUGGCACCGCAUACGGAGCCGUAGCUUGCACAUAUAUAUGCACGCGUUACAAACACCAUUUCAGGCAUGUACUUACUUCAAAUGUUGUUCAUCUAUUGCCGCCACCGCGGUCUUCUUGCC